UGGUCGAGAGAGAGAGAAAGAGAAAGAGAAAGAGAAAGCGAGUAAGUCCAUAUUAUUAUUUUUUUUUAAUCACAUGUGCCCACUGUGACUUCUCUCCCUACACGCCACCAUCUCCACCACCUCCUCCCUCCUCCGUUCUUCGAUUCCCCAAUUCUCAUACGACCCCUAGGGUUUCGUCUUUUUUUUUUUCUUUUUCUAUACAAUUCCAAGAUUACUUCACCACCACCCUCCCUCCCCGAUCUUUUAAUAGAACUCAGAUCUUUUCCGAUUAGUGAAUUUUGUUGAGCUGGAGAAGUGUUCUUUGGCUGUCACGAAGAGCCGAUGCCGGAAAUCGAUCUUAUGAGAGUCGAUCAUUGUGUUUCCGAUCUGAAUUUGGAUGCUAAACCUCCUGGUUUCUUCGAUUCUGGUGCUGGUGCUGGUGGCUCUGUAGAUUUGGAUGUGAAGCUAGAAGACGACGAAGUAGAAGAAGAAGAAGAAGAUUCGGAUUGUUUGAAGAAGAAGAAGAGCGUUGGUCGUUCGACUAGACGUGGUCGUCCCCCGAGGACUUUGGGUUGUAAAGCUUCUUCGUCUCCUGUUUCCAGGAAGAGGAGAGAAGAUGAGGAUGUUUGUUUUGUUUGCUUCGACGGUGGUAGUCUUGUACUCUGCGAUCGUAGGGGAUGUCCAAAAGCGUAUCACCCAGCUUGUGUUAAGCGUACCGAAGCAUUCUUCAGAUCAAGAGCUAAAUGGAAUUGUGGGUGGCAUAUAUGUACUGCUUGUCAAAAGGAUUCUUUCUACAUGUGUUAUACUUGUCCGUAUUCAGUUUGUAAGAGGUGCGUUAGAAGCUCAGAGUAUGUAGUUGUAAGGGAAAACAAAGGUUUCUGUGGUAUCUGCAUGAAGACUAUACUACUUAUUGAGAAUGCAUCUGAUCCUACCAAAGAAAAGGUUCAGGUCGAUUUUGAUGAUCAAGGCAGCUGGGAGUAUCUUUUUAAGAUUUACUGGGUUUCUCUCAAAGAAAAGCUAUCGUUAACGUUAGAUGAUCUUACCAAACCAAGAAAUCCAUGGAAAUCUUCUUCUUCCACUGUUUCUAAGAGAAGAACUACUAGUCGGGUUCACGAAAAGGGCAAUGGGGAUUCUCCUGAGGUUAUGAAAGUAAGCCGCGCUAAAGUAAGGAAGAUGGAAACUGUUUCUGCGAUUAAGUUGGGUCCUUCUUUGGAUAACAGACUCCCACCAUUGACUAGUGCCACUUCGUGGGCAACAGAUGAGCUCUUGGACUUUGUGCGGUAUAUGAAAAACGGUGAUGUUUCAGUCUUAUCAAAGUAUGAUGUCCAAACUCUCGUGCUAGAGCAUGUGAGACGGAAUAAUCUACAAUCUUCUCCUCAGAAUUCUGAAAUAACGUGUGACGCUAAGCUUAUGAGAUUGUUUGGAAAGGAGCGAGUGGAUCAUUUUGAAAUGUUAAAGCUUCUUGAUUCUCACUUCCUCCAUCAAGAGAGAUCUCCAGUUACAGAUACCUCAGCCGGGGGAGUCACUGAAACUAUGUCCUUCAAGGUCGAUGCUAGCAGAAGUUGCGAUAGGUUGAAUACGUCUGAACAGUAUCAAGACAGGUUAAAUGCAUCUGAACAGCGUCAAGUAGGAGAGUCACAGCAAUUGAACGUGCACAAUAGUCAGGUUAGACCUUCAAGUUCUAAUAGCAGAAACCAUACCGUUGUAAAACCUGAAACAUGCGCCACUGUGUCCAAUAAGCCAAUUGAUGGCUUGGAUACGAAUAUGGUAUGGUUAUAUGGAGAUCCAGAUGGAAAGAUUCAUGGACCAUUUUCCUUACUGAACCUACGACAAUGGAAUUCAAGCGGGCAUUUCCCACCUGAGCUGAGAAUAUGGAGGUUGGGUGAACAGCAAAACAGCUCCAUACUUCUGACCGAGGCACUAAAUGGGCAGUUCCAUAAAACAGGGUUAUUACAGAAUCAUUCUAUCCCCAAGAAGGAAGUGACAGCUCCUAUAGCUAACGAUCAACACAGGUCUGUGGCUGUUCCUAAACUAGAGAGUAGAAUACUGGACUUCAGCCCCAACUCAGUGUGUACUGACCAGAGUGUCAUUUCUAGCAGUAACAGUGUCAUCACAAGGAUCUCGGAUGUGAGUAACAAAAGCGGAAACAACUUUAGCCUCAACGUGCCAUUGGACUUUUCUCUAUCUAAUGAAAGGGAUAAUGUGGGUUUUGGCUCUCUCUGGAACAAAAGAAAAGUUGAAAGUCCUCUGCUUGUACAAAGCCCUAUAAGCUGUUCACUUUCGCUCUCUACAUUACCCGGAAACUCAAACUGCUCAAUGCCACCACAUGAAAGAUGGAAUGCUAGUCAAACAGAUUUAGAUGGAAACAGUGCAGCAAUGAAUGCUUGUAAUCAAAACGGUAGUCUUAGCGGCUCAGGUGAGAAACAACAAGUCACGGCUACGGUCCAGUCAUGUGGACAGAACUGGAAUGCUGCAACUCCAAGCAGUGCUUCAAAUGUGUGGGAUUCCAACUCGGGUUUGGCGUCUUUCCCAGACAAUCAAGAAAUAGACUUUUUAGAUCUCUUUAGUCCAAGUUUCAAAUUCAACUUCGCAUCUACUUCCACGGAAUGGCAACCGAUUGUGGCUGGACCAGACGAAUGUGACGAAUCAGUCUCGGAUCUUUUGGCAGAAGUGGAAGCCAUGGAGUCUCAAAAACGUCUUCCUUCUCCAACUUCAACGUUCCGUGGUCCAGAAGAAUUAUUAAUCCGGCACUCGAUAAACGAUAGCUUCAGCCCUGCUGAAGGACAUAGCCCAGCACUAGAUGCAAGCAAAGGUGACUCCAUGAGCUCCUCCACAAACGAUCUGCAAAUGCAUUCACGAUCUAACAGCGUCGUGCAUUUUUAGCUCGGUGGGCUCGGUUUCACAUAGAGAGAAAUCAUCAUAAUCAGGGGCACAGGCUACCAUAGAUCAUCUCCAGUGUCCUAGAUUCGUCGUCUGAUCGAUGGUGGACUAUACCCUCUUUUCUUUUUUUGCAGGAUUAAUACAGAACAUAAAUAAAUGGCAAAAUCAUCAUCAUCAUCAUCAUCAGCAAGAAUGAAACAAAAAAAGGGAGUGGUGCAUAUGACGAAGAUAUAUAUGAUACAAAAUGUGUUUCUUCUCGGUAUUUUUGGCUGCACCUACCACCAUUGUUUUUUUUUUUUUUCUCUCGGUAUUUAGGUGUUGUAAACGUUGUCCUGUGUUAAGAUUUGCACAGACAUACCCAACUUCUGUAUUUUUACAUUGUUUGUACUUAGGAAGAAGAAGUAUCAACAAAUUGUUGUCCAUGGAUGGGGAUGUACGUAAUCAAAAACAUUGUAGGGGUCAUGAGCUUAUUAUUCUAUAUAUAUGAUAAUGAUAGUGUAACGUUUCAUUCUUA